CAUGGGUUCUAAAUCUACUCAAGAGGUCGGUUCAGCUGUUGGGAUCUGGAGAGGUUAAUGGGAAGGACUGGCGCAGCUAUGUUUAGUAUCGUCACAGUCACUGGUGCCUUUAAGAGAAGAGCGAGUGGAGAUCAGCAACAUGAGGCAGGAGCGUGUAAUGUGACUUUCCAAAUAGAAACGAAAGCAGCAGAGGCGCCGCGUCUGGAAACACAAACACACUCCUCUCCGCUCUGCAACACACAGAAUCUAGAUAUGGCGUCUGCCGGCAGUGUGUUGUCUAAGGAGCAGCUCCUCUGCCCCAUCUGUCUGGAUCUGUUCGACCAGCCGGUCUCCACUCCUUGUGGGCACAACUUCUGCAGAGACUGCGUACAGGGAUACUGGAAGAGCGCGAAUGUGUCGCAGUGCCCCAUGUGCAAGCAGAAGUUCCCCCGGAGGCCCGAGCUCAAAGUGAACACCUUCAUUUCAGAGGUGGCCUCCCAGUUCAAGAAGUCGUUGGAGAAAAAAGACAAAAGCGAAGCCAGCGCAGGGGGCCGAUGUUCGGGAAACGUUUCAUGUGACGUGUGCGUCGGGAAAAGAGUCAAGGCUCAGAAAUCCUGCCUGGACUGUUUGGCCUCCUUCUGUGAGACCCAUCUGGAGCCUCAUCAUGUUCUAGGCACCUUCAAAAAACACCGGCUGGUCAAUCCCACGAUGGACAUGAGAGACAGAGUGUGUGAGAAGCACGAGAAACUCCUGGAGCUGUUCUGCAGCACCGACCAGUCGUACGUGUGCCAGCUGUGCAUCAAGAGAGACCACAAGGCACAUCGCACGGUUCCCAUUGAAGACGAGAGCAGAGAAAAGAGAGCUCAGAUCAUGAAGGUAAACCAAGAGGUGGAAGAGAGGAUCCGAGGUCGACAGCAGAAAAUCAGCAAAAUUGACAAAACCUUUGAGCUCAGCAAAGGAAGCACAGAAAGAGAGCUUGAGGAUAGUUUGCAAGUCUUCACCAAACUGCUGCAGAUUGUCCAGAGAGGACAGACGGAGGUGGUGGAGGCGAUCGGUGCAAAGCAGAAACAAGUUGAAAGCAGGGCCAGGGGACUCGUCGCUGAGCUGGAGCAGGAGAUCGAUGAGCUGAGGCGAAGAAGCACAGAGCUGGAUCAGCUCUCACACUCUGAUGAUGACUUCUACCUUCUCCAGAGCUUUCCAGCUUAUUCCGCACCACCAGCCACCAAAGACUGGUCCGACACUGAGGUGGAGAGCGCUGUGUACGUGGGCACGGUGAGGAGAGCGGUCCGGAGAGUGGUCACUCAGCUGGAGGAGACCGUCAAGACUGAGGUGAAGAGGCUGUGUGAGAGCGAGUUUCGGCGGGUUCAGCAGUUUGCUGUGAAUGUGACUCUGGACAUGGACACGGCCCAUCCCAAACUGGUGCUGUCUGAGAACAGGAAACAGGUCCAUCACGGGGAUGUGGCGCUGAGCCUCCCUGACAACCCCGAGAGAUUCUACCCCGGUGUUAGUAUUCUGGGGAAGCAGGGUUUCUCCUGUGGCAGGUUCUACUACGAGGUCCAAGUGAAAGGGAAGACAGAGUGGGAUAUCGGAGUCGGGCUGGAAUCCGUCAACAGAAAAGGAGGAAGUAUGCUCAACCCCGAAGGAGGCUACUGGACCCUGGGGAUGAGAAGGGACAAGAGCUACUGGGCGCUCAGCAGCACUCCGGUCUGCGUGCCGCUGGUCGAGAAUCCGCUGAGAGUCGGGGUCUACGUGGAUGUGGAGUGGGGGCAGGUCUCUUUUUACAAUGCGGAAUCUGCCUCCCAUAUAUACUCCUUCACUGGGUACUCCUUCAAGGAGCGACUCUUCCCCUACUUCAACCCACGGCGAAAUCAUGGUGGCAUCAACUCUGCACCUCUGAUCAUCUCGCCUGUCAACGUCUAAAAAUCGGCUCGAAUGCUUUUGGCUCUUUUUGUAUCAUUACUUCUACCAAGGAGGUUAUGUUUUCGUCUGUGUUUGUUUGUUUGUUUGUUUGUUUGUUCGCAGGAUUACGCGAAAACUACCAGACAGAUUACCAGGUUGGAAAGAUGUGGUAUGGGUCACGGAAGAAACCACUAACUUUUGGUGCAGAUCUGGAUCAGGGGGAAGAUCCAAGAUUAUUUUUUCUCUUUCUUAAACAUUUUGAAAUAGGGCAUUAUCCCACAAAAUAAUUCAUGGCUCUUGAUGGAAAAUAUGUUCAGUGGACGGAUGAUUACAUGCAAUUUGGUGCAGAUCCAGAUAAAAAUGUGUGUUUUCCUUUAA